GUUGUACGCAUGUAGAGCCUAAUGGUUCACCGUUCUUUGAGUACCGGCGGACCUCGGAGACUGCAAGCGCACUUCCCCAGAUUCAUUUUGUUCUGUCGUGAAUCUUGCUCGCCAUUAACGCAUCUCGGCUCCAAACAGGCCGUAGUCAAGGAAGCCACACUUGACGAACAGCUAGAUGAGAAGCUGCCCUGACUGCGAAGGAAAGAGUCUUGACCGUACGGCACAACGUCUAUCAUCUUCAGUCAUCGCCCUGCCGUUCAUUCCCUACCUUGAUGAACGUCCCACCGGUAGGUGGUCUCCCACCCUCAUGCUACUACAUUCCCAGUUUCAUUACUGCCGCCGAAGAAGUCCAUAUCACAUACGAGAUUCAGAAGCUGCCAGAAGCAAGAUGGACUGUUCUGAGCCACCGACGACUACUGUCUCUACCGUCAGUCUUGACUGGACCUGCGCGUGACAAGUUGAUUGACGCACCACUGCCACCCUUCCUCGACUCAAUCGUCGCCCGACUGAAACAGGGCGGAUACUUUAAGACUUCUACACAUCAAAGUCCGAACCAUGUUUUGAUCAAUGAAUACAAAUCUGGAGAGGGCAUCAUGCCACAUGAAGAUGGGCCGGCGUACAACCCAAUCACGGCUACUGUGAGCUUGGGCAGCCACACGGUCCUGGAGAUAUACAAGAAGAAUGAAAACGGGGAAAGGCAAGCUAAUCCUAGCUGGCGGAUCUUUCAAGAACCUCGAAGUUUACUUGUCACAACUGGGGAGAUGUAUGUCGAAACUUUGCAUGGGAUUUCCGAGACACAGACUGAUGAGAACCUCAACUCUGAGACCAUUGCGAACUGGGAUCUUGUCGAGCACAAAGACGACUAUGCGUCCGGCACCGUCGAGCGCUCAACAAGAAUCAGUUUGACCCUUCGGGAUGUCACGAAGGUUGCGAAGCUUGGUGGUGCUCUGAAAUUCAUGGCAAAAAGGUCAUAACACCUGCUCUAUCUGGGACAUGUGCAUAGCGACCAUGAAUGUCUCAACACCACGCUAUACGAGCUCGUACACUUGAUUGCAAGAUCUCAAUGAUUACGACCGAGCGCCAACGUCUUACCACCUGACGCUAUGAGCAGAGAGGAAGCAACCCCAAGAUGAUUUCAGCCGUCCGGGCAACUUACAGGUCUAUGAGACUUGAAGGGCUCUCGAUUCGUCCAUCAUCAAGCGGCCGCUGCUUGUGUCCAACGGUAUGCAUGGACUGCUUUUGGUUGAUGCUUCUACUACCGCUGGCUCGGCGGAGGACGCAACAAACACAGCAAUCGAGGCACUGUAAGCGCAUGCUCCUUCGCACCGUUGCGAGACCGCAUCUUUGCCGUGAGGUCAGAUA